AGUCACACAGAGCGCUGGGAGAGCAGGCAGCCGGUGACCACUCAUUUCCUACAGGCUGUUCCCCCUUCCUUACUGGAAGAGAACACACGCAUUUUUAUUGCUUUGCUCUUCUGGCCCUCAAACCACUUCUUGAGCCGUGGAAGAGUGAGCGAGUCUGGUUAACAGCCUGCAAGCCACGGAAGACCAGCCCCGCGCUAUGUAACUGAGUGGGGUCUUUUGUUGUCCCAUCUGAACUUUGCUAGAGGAAACACUGAGGCAGCGUUUCCUAUUGGUGGCUGCAAACAGCAGAGGAGCUGGGAGAAGCAGGAGCUGGGAGCGAGGCUUCGCUUUGGGGAACAAUGACAGAAGAAAGCAAAGGGGAAGGGAAAGGGGAAAGCGGGAAGGACCUGGAGAAACAGCUUCGCCUCAGGGUGUGCGUUUUGAACGAGCUUCUGAAGACUGAGCGGGACUAUGUGGGGACUUUGGAGUUUCUGGUGUCGGCAUUCCUUCAGAGAAUGAUCCAGUUUGCUGCCUCCAAAGUGGAUAAAAAUAUCACAGAGGAAACAGUGAAGAUGCUGUUUUCAAAUAUUGAAGAUAUUCUUGCAGUUCACAAGGAUUUCCUGACCCUAGUGGAGGGGUGUUUGCAUCCUGAACCUAAUGCACACCAUGAAGUGGGAAUCUGCUUUCUUCACUUUAAGGACAGAUUUUGUAUCUAUGAUGAAUACUGUAGUAACCAUGAGAAGGCACAGAAACUGCUGCUUGAACUUAACAAAAUAAGAACAGUACGGACUUUUCUUUUGAACUGUAUGUUGCUUGGAGGACGUAAGAACACAGAUGUUCCAUUGGAAGGAUAUCUAGUAACACCAAUACAGAGAAUAUGCAAGUAUCCCCUCCUUUUGAAGGAGUUAUUGAAGCGGACGCCAAAGAAACACAGUGACUACACAAUAUUACUGGAAGCUCUGCAAGCCAUGAAAGCGGUCUGUUCCAAUAUAAAUGAGGCUAAGAGACAAAUGGAAAAAUUAGAGGUUUUGGAAGAAUGGCAGUCUCACAUUGAAGGAUGGGAGGGGUCCAACAUCACAGAUACAUGCACGGAAAUGCUAAUGUAUGGAGUUUUGCUGAAAAUUUCUGCAGGAAAUAUCCAGGAGCGUGUAUUUUUUCUUUUUGACAAUCUUUUGGUCUACUGUAAACGAAAACACAGACGUUUGAAAAACAGCAAAGCCUCUACUGAUGGCCAUCGGUAUCUUUUUCGAGGCAGAAUAAACACAGAGGUAAUGGAAGUGGAGAACGUAGAUGAUGGCACAGCUGACUAUCAUAGCAGUGGCCACAUUGUUGUUAAUGGCUGGAAAAUCCACAACACAGCAAAGAACAAAUGGUUUGUAUGCAUGGCAAAAACUCCUGAAGAGAAGCAAGAAUGGCUGGAAGCUAUUCUAAAAGAGAGAGAGAGAAGAAAAGGUUUAAAAUUGGGUAUGGAACAAGAUACUUGGGUGAUGAUCUCUGAGCAGGGAGAGAAACUCUACAAAAUGAUGUGCAAACAAGGAAACCUAAUAAAAGACAGGAAAAGAAAACUAACUACUUUCCCCAAAUGUUUUCUGGGAAGUGAGUUUGUGUCCUGGUUACUGGAAACUGGAGAAAUACACAAAUCUGAAGAAGGUGUUCAUCUUGGCCAAGCUUUAUUAGAGAAUGGCAUUAUUCACCAUGUUACAGAUAAGCACCAGUUCAAACCUGAACACAUGCUCUACAGGUUCCGUUAUGAUGAUGGAACAUACUAUCCAAGAAGUGAAAUGCAGGAUGUGAUUUCCAAGGGUGUAAGAUUGUACUGUCGUCUUCAUAGUCUGUUUACUCCAGUGAUAAGGGAUAAAGAUUAUCAUCUGAGGACCUAUAAAUCUGUAGUCAUGGCUAACAAACUGAUAGACUGGCUAAUUGCACAGGGGGAUUGUCGGACCAGGGAAGAAGCAAUGAUUUUUGGCGUAGGACUUUGUGACAAUGGGUUUAUGCACCAUGUCUUAGAAAAAAGUGAAUUUAAAGAUGAGCCACUUCUUUUUCGCUUUUUUGCGGAUGAAGAAAUGGAAGGAUCAAAUAUGAAGCACAGGCUUAUGAAACAUGAUUUAAAAGUAGUGGAAAAUGUCAUAGCCAAAUCACUACUGAUUAAAUCUAAUGAAGGCAGCUAUGGUUUUGGUUUAGAAGACAAAAACAAAGUACCAAUUAUUAAAUUAGUGGAGAAGGGGUCAAAUGCUGAGAUGGCAGGCCUGGAAGUUGGGAAGAAGAUAUUUGCCAUUAAUGGUGACCUAGUUUUUCUGAGACCCUUCAAUGAAGUGGAUUGCUUCCUGAAAGCAUGCUUAAACAGCAGAAGGCCCCUCAGGGUACUCGUGAGCACAAAACCAAGGGAGACAGUGAAGAUCCCUGACUCUGCAGAGGGGCUUGGAUUCCAAAUCCGGGGCUUUGGUCCAUCGGUUGUCCAUGCUGUUGGGAGAGGGACUGUGGCAGCUGCAGCAGGUCUCCACCCUGGACAGUGCAUAAUUAAAGUGAAUGGAAUUAACGUCAGCAAAGAGACUCAUGCAAGUGUUAUUGCCCACGUCACAGCCUGCAGGAAAUAUAGGCGUCCAAUGCAGCAAGAUUCCAUACAGUGGGUAUAUAACAGUAUAGAGAGUGCACAGGAAGACCUUCAGAAAGCGAACUCCAAAUCCCCUGGAGAUGAGGGAGGAGAUGUCUUUGACUGCAAAGUGGAAGAAGUAAUUGACAAGUUUAACACAAUGGCAAUAAUUGAUGGGAGGAAGGACCAUGUGAGUCUGACUAUUGAUAAUGUUCAUCUGGAAUAUGGAGUGGUUUAUGAGUAUGACAGUACUGCUGGAAUAAAAUGCCAUGUGGUGGAGAAAAUGAUUGAACCAAAGGGCUUUUUCAGCUUGACUGCAAAGAUUCUCGAAGCACUGGCUAAAAGUGAUGAGCAUUUUGUGCAAAACUGCAACAGCCUGAAUUCUUUAAAUGAAGUAAUCCCCACUGACCUCCAAAGUAGAUUCAGUGUAAUUUGCAGUGAGAAAAUUGAGCAUAUCUACCGAAGAAUCUCUAGUUAUAAAAAGUUUUCACGAGUUUUAAAAAAUAGAGCAUGGCCUACCUUUAAACAGGCUAAGUCAAAGAUCUCACCACUUCACAGCAGCGAUUUCUGUCCAACCAACUGCCAUAUCAAUGUAAUGGAAGUCUCUUAUCCUAAAACCUCAACUUCUCUUGGUAGUGCCUUUGGUGUGCAGCUAGACAGCAGAAAGCAUUCUUCACAAGAGAAAGAAAACAAAAAUAGUGAGCAAGGUAAAUUGAGUCCCAUGGUUUACAUACAACAUACCAUUACCACCAUGGCAGCUCCUUCAGGACACUCCCUAGGUCAACAGGAAGGCCAUGGUCUGAGAUAUCUGUUAAAGGAAGAGGACUUAGAAACACAAGAUGUCUAUCAGAAAUUGUUGGGCAAAUUGCAAACUGCACUGAAAGAGGUGGAAACGUGUGUCGCUCAGAUAGAUGACCUUCUCUCUUCAAUAACCUAUUCUCCCAAAUCAGAACGUAAAACACCCGAGCCCUUAAUACCAGCAGACAGUGACAAUGAAAAGGGAGAAAGGAAUGGGAAAAGGGUCUGUUUCAAUGUAGCAGGUGAUGAGCAGGAAGAUUCUGGUCAUGACACCAUCAGCAACAGGGAUUCAUACAGUGAUUGCAAUAGCAACAGGAACUCCAUUGCCUCAUUCACCAGCAUUUGCAGUAGCCAGUGCAGUUCUUACUUUCACAGUGAUGAAAUGGACUCAGGUGAUGAACUUCCCUUAAGUGUUCGGAUUUCUCAUGAUAAACAGGACAAACUUCAUAGCUGUUUGGAGCAUCUUUUUGGUCAGGUAGAUUCAAUUGUCAAUCUUCUGAAAGGACCAGCUGUAAUGAGGGCCUUUGAACAAACCAAGUUCUUCACGCCAGGUCGAGGCCUGCAAGAGUUUCAGCAGGAAAUGGAACCUAAACUUUGCUGUCCAAAGAGAUUACGACUUCACAUCAAGCAAGAUCCUUGGAACCUUCCCAGCAGUGUCCAAAAUCUUGCACAGAAUAUAAGAAAAUUUGUUGAAGAGGUGAAGACAAGGAUACAUUUGGCACUCCUUGAAUAUACAGAUAGUGAGAUCCAGCUCAGACGAGACAUGGUCUUCUGCCAAAGUCUGGUGGCCACAGUCUGUGCUUUUUCAGAGCAACUAAUGGCUGCCUUAAAUCAGAUGUUUGACAACAGCAAAGAGUAUGAAAUGGAGACUCAAGAGGCCAGCAGAAGGUGGUUGGAACAGAUAGCUAAUGCAGGUGUCCUCCUUCACUUCCAGUCAUUGCUGUCACCUAACCUGACUGAUGAACAAGCCAUGCUAGAAGAUACAUUGGUUGCUUUGUUUGACCUGGAAAAAGUUACUUUUUAUUUUAGACAGUCAGAACCAGAACCACUAGUUGCAAAUGUUCCAAUCACAUAUCAAGCAGAAGGAAGCCGGCAAGCUUUGAAGGUUUACUUUUAUCUUGAUAGUUACCAUUUUGAGCAGCUUCCUCAAAAGCUGAAGAAUGGAGGAGGGUUUAAAAUCCACUCAGUACUUUUUGCACAAGCACUGGAGAGCAUGGAAGGAUAUUAUUACAGAGACAAUGUGUCGGUAGAAGAAUUUCAAGCCCAGAUUAAUGCAGCCUCACUGGAAAAGGUCAAACAGUAUAACCAGAAACUCAGGGCAUUCUACCUGGACAAGUCGAACCUCCCUCCAAAUUCAACAUCUAAAGCUGCUUAUAUAGAUAAGCUGAUGCGGCCCCUCAAUUCUUUGGAUGAACUUUACCGACUGGUAGUGUCUUUUAUCCGAUCCAAGCGCACAGCAGCCUGUGCUUACACUGCUUGCAGUGCCUCUGGAGUUGGAUUGCUGUCAGUUUCUUCAGAACUCUGUAGCAGACUUGGAGCUUGCCACAUCAUAAUGUGCAAUAGUGGAGUUCAUCGCUGCACUCUGAGUGUCACUCUGGAGCAGGCGAUAAUUCUUGCUCGGAGCCACGGACUACCUCCUCGCUAUAUUAUGCAAGCUACAGAUGUGAUGCGCAAACAGGGAGCAAGAGUGCAGAACACUGCCAAGAAUUUAGGAGUGAGGGACCGAACACCACAAUCUGUCCCAAGAUUAUACAAACUAUGCCAGCCACCACCACCUGCUGGGGAAGAAUGAAGAACUAUUCAGGAAGUAACCGAGUAACAUCUUUUAAGACAUUGGACUGUACAGCAAAAUUAAAUGGCAUUCUAGUAGAACGUGCCUGGAGAAUUGAUAAAUAGAGGCCCUUCACUCAGGAUAAAGAAGUGUCUGUCCUUAAUAUUCUUCUGUCAGCAUUGGACAACUGACUUCUGGAGAAAAUAUUUCUGGACUCCAUGCACUAUGGUCUCCCUUCCAUAAAACAGAAACUUUAUGGGUUUUUACCUGGACAUUUUACACUGGAAUCAGGUUGUAUCUCAUGUGGCCAGUUCAGCAACGCAAAUUACCCCAUUAUGCAUUGGCAGCAGCAUGAAAGCAAAUAUCUAAUGGCAAACCCAUUCCAUCUGAACCAGAUAAAAGCUGUUCCUUUGGUCACAGAAUGAACUUGAAAAAGGAAAAAGCCUAAAAUAAAUCCUCCAGAGUUUGACACGUGACACAUUUGAUGUCCCGUGCACUGCUAAUUCCCUUCUUUCCCAAUAUUUUAUCACAGUUUCUUAAUUUUUAGCAAUAAGGAAAUUAACACUUCUGGUAUAUGCUGUAAAUGCCUAUUAAAAAUAAGAGGUUUCAGAGUAGCAGCCGUGUUAGUCUGUAUUCCCAAAAAGAAAAGGAGUACUUGUGGCACCUAAGAGACCAACAAAUUUAUUUGAGCAUAAGCUUUUGUGAGCUACAGCUCACUUCAUCGGAUGCAUUCAGUGGAAAAUACAGUGGGGAGAUUUAUAUACAUAGAGCUGCAUCACUUGCCCCAUAACCUCAGCCGUGCAGAACACAAUGCCAUCCACAGCCUCAGAAACAACUCUGACAUAAUCAAAAAGGCUGACAAAGGAGGUGCUGUCGUCAUCAUGAAUAGGUCGGAAUAUGAACAAGAGGCUGCUAGGCAGCUCUCCAACACCACUUUCUACAAGCCAUUACCCUCUGAUCCCACUGAGGGUUACCAAAAGAAACUACACCAUUUGCUCAAGAAACUCCCUGAAAAAGCACAAGAACAAAUCUGCACAGACACACCCCUGGAACUCUGACCUGGGGUAUUCUAUCUGCUACCCAAGAUCCAUAAACCUGGAAAUCCUGGACGCCCCAUCAUCUCAGGCAUUGGCACCCUGACAGCAGGAUUGUCUGGCUAUGUAGACUCCCUCCUCAGGCCCUACGCUACCAGCACUCCCAGCUAUCUUCGAGACACCACUGACUUCCUGAGGAAACUACAAUCCAUUGGUGAUCUUCCUAAAAACACCAUCCUGGCCACUAUGGAUGUAGAAGCCCACUGCACCAACAUUCCACACAAAGAUGGACUACAAGCCGUCAGGAACAGUAUCCCGAUAAUGUCACGGCACACCGGUGGCUGAACUUUGUGACUUUGUCCUCACCCACAACUAAUUCACAUUUGGGGACAAUAUACACCUUCAAAUCAGCGGCACUGCUAUGGGUACCCGCAUGGCCCCACAGUAUGCCAACAUUUUUAUGGCUGACUUAGAACAACGCUUCCUCCGCUCUCGUCUCCUAAUGCCCCUACUCUAAUUGGAAUUCCACCAUGAUUUCAACAAUUUCCAUCCCACCAUCAACCUCAGCCUGGUCCAGUCCACACAAGAGAUCCACUUCCUGGACAUUACAGGGCUAACAAAUGAUGGUCACAUAAACACCACCCUAUCCCGGAAACCUACUGACUGCUAUUCCUACCUACAUGCCUCCAGCUUUCAUCCAGACCACACCACACAAUCCAUUGUCUACAGCCAAGCUCUACGAUACAACUGCAUUGGCUCCAACCCCUCAGACAGAGACAAACACCUACAAGAUCUCUCUCAAGCAUUCUUACAACUACAAUACCUACCUGCUGAAGUGAAGAAACAGAUUGACAGAGCCAGAAGAGUACCCAGAAGUCACCUACUACAGGAGGGGCCCAACAAAGAAAAUAACAGAACACCACUAGCCAUCAUCUUCAGCCCCCAACUAAAACCUCUCCAAUGCAUCACCAAGGAUCUACAACCUAUCCUGAAGGAUGACCCAUCACUCUCUCAGAUCUUGGGAGACAGGCCAGUCCUUGCUUACAGACAGCCCCCCAACCUGAAGCAAAUACUCACCAGCAACCACACACCACACAACAGAACCACUAACCCAGGAACCUAUCCUUGCAACAAAGCCCGUUGCCAACUGUGUCCACAUAUCUAUUCAGGGGACAUCAUCAUAGGGCCUAAUCACAUCAGCCACACCAUCAGAGGCUUGUUCACCUGCACAUCUACCAAUGCGAUAUGUGCCAGCAAUGCCCCUCUGCCAUGUACAUUGGUCAAACUGGACAGUCUCUACAUAAAAGAAUAAAUGGACACAAAUCAGACGUCAAGAAUUAAACAUUAAAAAACCAGUUGGAGAACACUUCAAUCUCUCUGGUCACUCGAUUACACACCUAAAAGUGGCAAUUCUUCAACAAAAAAACUUCAAAAACAGCCUCCAGUGAGAGACUGUUGAAUUGGAAUUAAUUUGCAAACUGGAUACAAUUAACUUAGGCUUGAAUAAAGACUGGGAGUGGAUGUGUCAUUACACAAAGUAAAACUAUUCCCCCCCCCUUCACCCCCCACUGUUCCUCAGACGUUCUUGUCAACUGCUGGAAAUGGCCCACCUUGAUUAUCACUACAAAAGGUUUUUUUCCCCCCCCACUCUCCUGCUGGUAAUAGCUCACCUUAAGUGAUCACUCUCGUUACAGUUUUCAGAGUAGCAGCCGUGUUAGUCUGUAUUCGCAAAAAGAAAAGGAGGACUUGUGGCACCUUAGAGACUAACAAAUUUA